AUGGUUAUAUUUCUGAUAAAUUUACUAUUACCCCUGCUCUUCCAAGUAUCAAGAACACUAAUGGCCUUCAGGAUUAAUAAUAUAUUUCCGAAUACAAUAUUCCUACACGCUCAUUGUGUGGCGGACAUUAAGAAAACACAUUUAAAAGACAGAAAUACUAUUAUACUUAUACUUGUAGAUUCAGUUAUUAAUACCGGAAAGUCUAAGACUGUAUCUGUUCACAGUCCGCUUCACACUUUUAUAUACAAGGAGAAUUUUAACCUUGUUGCUCUUUGUUUCUUAGCUAAUAAAUACUCGGGCAGGAGCUUAACAGAUACUAGAAAUAGACUUUUUAGUACAGUACACUUAGCAUGA